AUGAAUGAUUGCGGUAAAGUGCAAGUGACUGGAGAAGUUGUACAGCCGAAAUAUUAUCGAAUCAAUGUGACAUUCAUUUCAGAAAGAGAUCCUAUUCGAAAUGCUAAAGUGGAUGCGACAUCAACAGUUUAUGCGGUUGUACAAAUUGGUCUGCGUGGUGGCAUUUUUCAAUAUACGAAUGCAUUGAAAAUACUUGGAAAACCAUCGCAAAUAUUAAACUUUGAUGAAGCGUUCUUCUGCUAUCGGGGUUCCACUCUCACCGAUCAGGAUAACUGCAGUAAGGAUGAUUUCUCGAGUAAUUCUCGAGCUGCUACUCCACCAUCAACCCACGCUAAAUCUCAGAAUGUUAAAACAUCAGUCACUACUACUCCCUUAGCCACAUUACCAAUCUCUUUUAUUCCUACUACCACUACUGCUCCAAUCAUAUCUUCAACUAUUGAUAGCAAAAAUGAUAAUGAUCCAAUAAAGGAACAAUAA